AGCAAACGCAUCAGCUGUGCUGUCGACAAAAAAACAAAUGCAAAGUUUACGGAUAUAGGUUUUUUGUUGUUAGUUUUCGAAAAAUGAGUCAAUAUAGCCACGUUAAAUACGCCGCAUCCCCGACGCCAUCGGUGGUGUCGGGCUACUCCAGUGCAUCCCGGUUUCAACAGUCGCCGCUGCCGCCUCCCGUGGGCUACCGCAAGAAUUGUCUAUCGGCCACAUCAAAGAGCUACAAAUAUCUGCGACGUCUACUGAAAUUCAAUCAAAUGGAUUUCGAAUUUGCCUUGUGGCAAAUGAUCUAUUUAUUUAUAGCACCGCAAAAGGUUUACAGAAACUUCAACUACAGGAAACAAACGAAAUCCCAGUUUGCCCGUGAUGAUCCAGCAUUUUUGGUGCUCCUUGUGGUCUGUCUAUGUGUGACCUCGUUAGGUUUUGCCUAUGUACUGGGCUUGUCCUUCUGGCAGAGCAUAUCCUUCAUUUUCUAUGUGGUUUUCGUGGAUUGCAUAUUUGCUGGCAUCAUAAUUGCAUCAUUUUUUUGGGCAGUGACAAAUCGGUAUUUGCGGACCAAUAGCCUGGAGCCAGACAUUGAAUGGGGCUAUGCAUUUGAUGUGCACUUGAAUGCCUUUUUCCCCCCUCUCAUGUUGCUGCAUUUUAUUCAGCUAUUCUUCUACAAUUGGCUAAUAAGUCAGACAUGGUUCAUUUCGCGGUUUCUGGGCAACACUUUUUGGCUCCUGGCAAUGGGCUACUACGUUUACAUCACCUUCUUGGGAUAUAAUUGUAUUCCCCAUUUGAAGAAUACGCGUCUUAUAUUAAUUGCGCUCCCCAUUAUCUUUCUUUUGUAUCUUAUUGUCACAAUAAUCGGCUGGAAUGCCACAAUAUCCUUUAUCAACUUUUACAAAUAUCGUGUGUAUUAAUCGUGGAUUAUAAAUUAUUAAGCUCUUUCCUCUCCCUAUUUGAUUAUGACUAAUAAAACUAACUUAUGUAGUAUA